CGCGCAGCUUCUGCCCAGACAACCCCGUCAGUCUCUUUCGGUUUUUGAAAACCCUAACAUUUAUCACACAGAGAGGACAAAGAGACAGCUCUCCUCUCCCCUGGGACGCCACACGCCACACGCCACACGCAACACCACCUCCCCGCCCCUCCCUAUACUUAGCAGUCAGUCUGCCUUCCGUCGCCACCGCCGUCAUCUGCUUCGUUUUCUUCAAUAAGAUUAGGAGAGGAGAUGGCAGACCGGUUGACCCGUAUUGCAAUCGUGAGCUCCGACAGAUGCAAGCCAAAGAAGUGCCGCCAGGAAUGCAAGAAGAGCUGUCCUGUUGUCAAGACUGGAAAACUAUGUAUUGAGGUUACCCCUGCAGCCAAGAUUGCUUUUAUCUCGGAAGAAUUGUGCAUUGGGUGUGGUAUCUGUGUUAAGAAAUGCCCAUUUGAAGCAAUUCAAAUCAUCAACUUACCGAAGGAUUUAGACAAAGAUACGACCCAUCGUUAUGGUCCUAACACUUUCAAACUACACAGGUUACCAGUCCCAAGGCCAGGUCAAGUUCUAGGUUUGGUUGGAACUAAUGGCAUUGGGAAGUCGACUGCCCUCAAAGUUUUGGCUGGAAAGUUGAAACCAAAUUUAGGCCGUUUCAAGAAUCCUCCAGAUUGGCAGGAAAUCUUGACCUACUUCCGGGGAUCUGAGCUGCAGAAUUAUUUUACCCGUAUUCUGGAAGACAAUUUGAAGGCCAUUAUAAAGCCCCAGUAUGUUGAUCACAUUCCAAAAGCAGUUCAAGGAAAUGUUGGGGAGGUGCUCAACCAGAAAGAUGAGAGGGAUAUGAAGGAAGAACUGUGUGCUGACCUUGAGCUGAACCAGGUUAUAGAACGUAGUGUAGGGGAUUUAUCAGGUGGGGAGCUUCAAAGAUUUGCCAUUGCUGUUGUCGCCAUACAGAAUGCAGAGAUAUAUAUGUUUGACGAACCUUCAAGUUAUCUUGAUGUGAAACAGAGGCUUAAAGCUGCCCAAGUUAUCCGAUCUUUACUUAGGCCUAAUAGCUAUGUAAUUGUUGUGGAGCAUGAUCUUAGUGUCUUGGAUUACUUGUCAGACUUCAUUUGCUGUUUAUAUGGGAAACCAGGUGCAUAUGGAGUUGUGACUCUUCCAUUCUCAGUUAGAGAAGGAAUCAACAUCUUCUUGGCCGGAUUUGUUCCUACGGAAAAUCUUAGGUUCCGAGAUGAAUCUCUGACAUUUAAGGUUGCUGAGACACCACAGGAAAGUGCUGAGGAAAUUGAGACAUAUGCACGAUAUAGAUACCCAUCAAUGAGUAAAACUCAGGGAAAUUUCAGGCUUCGUGUGGUUGAGGGUGAAUUUACGGAUUCUCAAAUUAUUGUGAUGCUGGGUGAGAACGGAACGGGGAAGACUACAUUUAUCCGUAUGCUGGCGGGUCUAUUGAAACCUGAUAUUGUAGAAAAUUCAGAUGUGGAGAUACCUGAAUUCAAUGUUUCUUACAAGCCCCAGAAAAUCAGUCCAAAGUUUCAAUCCACUGUCAGACACUUGUUACAUUCAAAAAUUCGUGAUUCAUAUACUCAUCCACAAUUCAUGUCGGAUGUGAUGAAGCCUCUUCUAAUUGAACAAUUAAUGGAUCAAGAAGUCGUGAAUCUCUCUGGCGGAGAGUUGCAGAGGGUUGCAUUAUGCCUAUGCCUCGGGAAGCCAGCAGACAUUUAUCUGAUAGAUGAACCAAGUGCAUAUCUUGAUUCUGAGCAGCGUAUUGUUGCUUCUAAAGUCAUAAAGAGGUUCAUCCUUCAUGCUAAGAAAACUGCUUUCGUGGUUGAACAUGAUUUUAUUAUGGCUACCUACUUGGCGGAUAGAGUUAUAGUCUAUGAGGGGAAGCCGUCAAUUGAUUGUACUGCAAAUUGUCCCCAGUCAUUGUUGACUGGGAUGAAUCUAUUCUUAUCGCAUCUUGAUAUCACAUUUAGACGUGACCCAACUAACUAUCGCCCAAGAAUCAACAAAUUGGAGUCAACGAAGGAUAGGGAACAAAAAGCUGCUGGGUCCUACUAUUACCUGGAUGAUUGAUAAAGUCUUGAUGUUUUGGCCAAAUUUGGAGGGCGUUAAUAUGACCUUAAUAAUGGAAUCACAGCUGAAGUCAUGACAUUCUGACAAAUGAUCGGAGGUCCUUUGUUUACCAGAGAGAAUGUGUUUUCCAGGCCCUCCCAUGUUGUUAGCUACUUGAGUAAAUCAUGCCCUUGCCCUAUAGAUAGUGUGCUUGCACUUAUGCAGUUUUGGUAAAUUAGUCUCUCAUUGGGCGAGGCAAUCUAGAUGUACAAUUAAUGGUCUCUCAUAGUAUCAACGAUUGCAGUUAACUCUAUGUUUGAGGAAACGAUGUUUAACUGUUGUGCUUUCUGGGUUUAUGUAACGGUGAUUUCAUCUCUCA